AUGACGGCCUCUUUCUGGCACUCUAGCUGGAGCCACAGUCAGCAUCUGCGCGCGGCAUACCCGCUCCUCUUCGCUUGCUCCCGAAGGAAAGGGCGGUCUGUCGCCCAGGCUCUUGACGACAAUCGCUGGGUCCUUGAUCUACCUGACCGCUCCACGCCGCUGCUUCUCGAGUUCGUUCAUGCCUGGAGGGAAAUCCGCCAUGCCAACAUCGUCCUCCAAUCCGGCGUCCCCGAUUCCAUCUGCUGGACCCUGACCAACAGUGGGCAAUACUCCCCGCGAUCCGCCUACCUUCUCCACUUCAUCGGUCGCACCAACUCUGACUUGUUGUAG